GGUCCCGAUUCAUUUCAAAACAACAAACGUAAACCGAAAAAGCAACUCAUUAACCAAAAACUCAAAAACUGAAACUCUCAACAAACGAAAAAAAAAAAAAACUCAGCUCAUAAUCCACCACCAUGAUUACCCCAAGACUCAACCUUUAUCUCCUUGUAAUAAUGACUAUAAUUGGGCUUUUAUCAUCUCCAUCAAAAUCACUUCGUUUCGAGCUAGAGUCAGGACACACGAAAUGCAUAUCAGAAGACAUCAAAAGCAAUUCUAUGACUGUUGGAAAGUACAGCAUUGUCAACCCCCAUGAUAGCCAGCCCUUGCCCGAAUCACAUAAACUCACUGUCAGGGUGACAUCGAGUUAUGGGAAUAGUUAUCAUUAUUCAGAGCGUGUGGAAUCAGGGCAGUUUGCUUUCACGGCGGCGGAAGCAGGGGAUUACAUGGCGUGUUUUUGGGCGGCGGAUCAUAAGCCAACUGUGACUUUGUCUGUUGAUUUUGAUUGGAAGACUGGUGUGGCUGCUAAGGAUUGGUCUAAUGUUGCCAAGAAAGGCUCUGUGGAUGUUAUGGAAAUGGAGCUGAAGAAAAUGUAUGACACAGUCAUUUCCAUUCAAGAGGAAAUGAAUUAUCUCCGUGAAAGAGAAGACGAAAUGCAAGAUCUGAACACAUCUACUAAUGUAAAGAUGGCCUGGUUGAGUUUUCUUUCGAUUAUUGUAAGUUUAUCAGUGGCGGGCUUGCAAGUGUGGCACUUGAAGACCUUUUUCCAGAAAAAGAAGCUCAUUUAAUUUUAUAUAUUUGAUAAACAGUUAUCUCAUCCUUCCCCCCUUGUAAAAUGUUUUUACACAUGGUAAUACUUUUGAGGAAGAAUAACAAUACGACUUUAACCAGCUA